GAAUUUAACGUUCUGUUACGUGGUUCCGACUAUCCCUGAGUCCUAAAGUGAUCUCUUGGGAGAGAGAGAAAACUUACAGGAAAAAGGAAAAGAUGGCAUCAAGAGAUUUGGAGCUUCUGAUUCCAGUGUCAAGCAUCUCAGAAAAUGGAUGUUCUAAAUCAUCUUCUCCUUCAUCUCCUACCAUUAUCUCCACCCAACAUCACUCUGGCCAGGAGGCGUUUUCAAAAGUGAUUCGUAGCUGGGCCUCAAAGAAGUUUAUGUCAGGAUGUGUCAUCCUUCUUCCCAUCGCCAUAACAUUCUAUGUCACCUGGGGAUUUAUCCGCUUUGUUGAUGGUUUCUUUUCCCCAAUAUAUAAUCAUCUAGGGAUCAAUAUUUUUGGUCUCGGAUUUAUUACUUCCAUCACUUUCAUCUUUUUGGUUGGAAUUUUCAUGUCAUCGUGGUUAGGAGCUUCGGUUCUCACCCUUGGCGAGUGGUUCAUCAAGAAAAUGCCUCUAGUAAGCUAUAUAUAUGCUGCCUCCAAGCAGAUAAGUACAGCAAUAUCACCAGAUCAAAACUCUAAUGCUUUCAAGGAAGUGGCCAUCAUAAGGCAUCCUCGUCUUGGUGAAUAUGCACUUGGGUUCAUCACUUCUUCAGUAAUACUGCAGAGGAACAGAGAUGAAGAAGAGCUUUUUUGUGUUUAUGUUCCCACCAAUCACUUGUACCUUGGAGAUAUUUUUCUCAUUAGUCCAAAUGACAUUUUGAGGCCUAAUUUGUCCGUUAGAGAAGGGAUAGAAAUUGUUAUAUCCGGUGGCAUGUCAAUACCUCAAAUAUUGACUACAAUGAAUGCUCAUGUCAAAUUAGCCCCAAGAAUGGCAAGCUUUGCAUCAUCAAAGGUAUAAUAAGGAGACGGUAUAGUUUAUGAGCAAAGUGUAUGUUCAUUCCAAGUAUAGUUUCUUUUAGGCCUAAGUAAAUAUAAUUUUAAAU